AUGGAGCAUGAUUUGAACACAUUGUUGGAAAGACUCCGCCAGGCAGAGCAGCGAGUCGAACCAAGCACCCUUCUUGAUGCAACUUUAACAACUCAGGAUGGCCCAACAAAUCCUGUCAGUAGAAUACGGCCUAAACGCUUAGUACCUUGGGAAGGGUUUCCUGCCUCUCAGGUGGCCAUCUGGGAAGCAUUCGAUAAAGAAGGCCCCGGUUUUGCCACGCAUCGCGCUUUCGCGACCAAGGGUCAACUGGAUCUCAUCCGGCAAGAUAUUCUACCAAUAAGGUCCGAACUUCAUCUUCAAUACUUCCAACGCGACACUGUGGAUAGAUUCGUAAAUUCAGUUCUGAAAGAGAUACACAAAAACGACAGACUUCGUCGGCGCUUCAAACUCCAUGGACAUCUUAGUUUCAAGGACAAUAACAAUGCCGAUGACAUGACCUCUCCACUCGAAACGUCAAUGCAACAGCUCCGAAUAGCAGAAUCGGUACAACACGUACCUUCUACCCGAGGCAGAGCACGAAGUGCACAGCGGCCGAUCCAUCGGAGACGACGCAACCGUCGUGCUGACCAGUUCUGCGUCCAUGUAAUAUCAGACGAUCAACGAGUUCCCGUGUAUGCUGUCGAACACAAAGCUCCACAUAAGCUGUCGCUGGCUGAAAUACUCGCCGGCCUCCACGAGAUGGACUUGGAGAAAGAUGUCAUUAACACGGAUGGAGAUAGCUUCGAAUACCAUGCUACUCGGCUCGUGGCAGCAGUAAUCACCCAGCUUUUCUCAUACAUGCUAGACGUGGGAGUCCAACACGGCUAUAUCUGCACCGGGGAGGCCUUCAUUUGCCUUCGGAUCACCGAAGAUCCUUCGGUUGUGCAAUACUAUUUGCUCGUCCCCAACCGGGAUGUCACUGACGGGGAUGAGCUUCGUCCACACCGAACAGCAGUUGCUCAGGUUCUGGCCUUCAUGCUCAACGCCGUGCAAGCUGAUCGUCCAUCUCAGGCGUGGUACAAUGCAGCCGACAAUUUGGACACGUGGGAAGUCGAAUACCUGGAUAUUUUGAAACAGAUACCGCAAUCGGUCCGCAAAGAGCCGCCGUCUUCCGUAUAUAAGCCCCCGUCGUGGAAACCCGUGGAUCGGUCUCCGUAUAUGCUACGACGGUGUUGUCAGCCUGACUUCCAGCCGUCACGGAAAAGCCAAGGAACUGGCGAUAAGGAUGGGCAUGGAGACGAAGCAGGAGCUUCUUCAAGCCCGCCUUCCCCUUCUCCGCCGCCUAAUAAUGCCUCUAGAAGGGCUCGAGGCGACCGAGGGCGGGGGCGGGGGCGGGGACGACGACGAGGACGAGGGCGAGAAUCCCAGGAAGCUAGCGGGUGCAGGCCGAAAGGAGCCGAAAAUCCAAAGAACGCGAUUCAAGACCAGUAUUGCACGAUGAAAUGCCUGCGUGGUUUGGCUAAGAAAGGCCCUCUGGAUCCUCAAUGUCCGAACGUCCAAAGACACGGACAUCUAGUCCACAAGAUCAACGCUCGUGAUUUGACGCGUCUUCUGUCUGAUCAAUUAUCGCGCGAUCGGGAAAUUGGUUUCGAGCAGCUACACAUCGUCGGUAGGACUGGUUUCCUCUUGAAAGCCACCUUAUUAUCCCAUGGAUACACUGUGGUUCUCAAGGCCACUAGCGCCGAACAGCUUCCAAGCCUCGGGCAAGAAGUCAAAGCCUACCAUCAUCUCCGCUCUCUUCAAGGCACACAUGUUCCAGUAUGCGUUAUGACUGAGCAGACUGCCCCUUCUUACCGAGAGCAGCGCAAUGAGGUCUUGGAACAGAUCAGUGCUUGCGGUGUCAUUCAUAGCGAUCCAGAAUGGCGCAAUAUACUUUGGAACGAAGAGACUGGCGGCCUCGUGAUCAUUGACUUUGAGUCGCCUCCAAAAAACUCUGGCAGCAGACGGGAAAUAUUUCGGGCAAGACAAAAACCAACAUCUCGGUUACCAUUAGGUGAAUUGCCGGGCAAUCUAGUAGCCCAGGAGUCCACUUUUCCCAGAAAGACAAAUCAAACCGGGCAGUAAGGGUUGGCCAGACCACCUACUACAAGACACGGCAAUGAGUAUAUCGUCAGCUGGCUUCUAUCGAUGGCAUAGGAGUGGGGGAGGCAGUCCGACUUCCUUAUAUUGGUACAAUCCAUGCUGGCCAUGCAUACCGCUAUCCCGCCAUGUGCGGAACCUGGAUAACCCUUUCCAUCUUAUAAUGAUUCUAUGCGUCUUGUGGGAUUUGCGAGUUACGAGGAUGACGAUAAACAAGAGUCCUUACACUUCUAAUACAUUACAUACUUUUAUAUCCUAUCUAUAUCAUCGGGUAUCUGAUGCAAACCAGAGCAUCUUCUUCAAA